AUGCGCCUCCUCAGUCCAUCGCGGCUCAUCUUACCCGCCGUGCUCCUCGCGUCUUCGCAUCUCCACCUCGGACUCGCCGCCCCAGCCCCGGUGCAUCACGAUGAGAGGGACCUUUCCGCUGCGGUAGGGAAUUUGCUCGAUGAUUUUGCCGACCUGGUCAACGACACGGCGAGCCUGCUGUCUGAGUUUGUGACGGUGAUCAAGGAGCUCAAGAAUGCUACGAAUGAGAACGACCUCAUCGGUCUGUUGGGUGUGAACGUCACUGGCAGCGACAAUGACGAUAAUGAUAAGGCCAACGGUACCGUCAGCGCUGUUGCUGCAAAUGGGACUGUGACUUGUCCGGAUAUGGCGGUUCUGUUUGCUCGGGGGACUGCAGAACUCGGUAAUGUUGGGCUAUACACCGGGCCAUCCUUCUUUACUGCGCUGCGCAACUACAUCAACGGCACAUCAACAAUGGCCGUCCAAGGAGUCCCAUAUCCGGCCUCCAUCCCCGGCUUCUUGGCUGGUGGUUCGCCCUUCGGCUCAGGCGUGAUGGCAGCCCUGGCCAACAAGACCGCCUCGGCCUGCCCGAACACCAAGAUCAUCAUGUCGGGCUACUCGCAAGGCGCGCAGGUCGUCCACAACGCCAUGCAGAAGGUGGCGGCGAUGUCCAACUCGACCGCCGCAAAUAACACCAAUGUCAACGUCGCCUCCAAAGUUUCCAGCGUCGUCCUCUUCGGCGACCCGCGCAACGGCACCGCCGUCGCGGGUGUCGACCAGGCGCGGGUGCUGAGCUUGUGCAACGCGCAGGACGAUAUCUGUGCUAAAGGUGGCGAUGUUAUCACCCUCGACCACCUGACGUACAACAGGAACGCACCCCAAGCGGCUAUGUUUGUCAUGCAGAAGAGUGCGUUGGGCCUGAUGAGUAAUGAUGCGAUGAUGCAAGGUAUGGGCAACGUGCCGGUUGUGCAGGCGGCUAAGGGACAGAAUGGUGGACAGCAGGUUGGGACUGGGCUGGGUCUACCAGGGAUGUGA